AUGGCACCCACUCCUCUCCGCCCCGGAGUCUACGCUCCAACAAUGACGUUCUUCGACCCCUCCACUGAAGACCUCGACGUGCCCACAAUUCGCAAGCACGCCGUGCGCCUCGCAAAGGCCGGCCUCGUCGGCCUCGUCGCCAUGGGCUCCAACGGAGAAGCCGUGCAUCUGACUCUCGAAGAGAAGCAGACCGUCAUCCGCGAGACCCGGUCCGCUCUCGACGAGGCCAACUUCAAGGACGUCCCCGUUAUCGCCGGUGCCUCUGAGAAUAGCAUCCGAGGCACUAUCCAAUUAACGAAAGACCUUGCUGCCGCGGGCGCAGAGUACGCGCUUAUCGUCCCACCUAGCUACUACCGCUAUGCGACGGGGAAUGACGAGACACUGUACGAGUACUUUACAGCUGUCGCGGAUGAGUCGCCCCUCCCUCUGAUCCUCUACAACUACCCCGGAGCCGUCGCGGGUAUUGACAUGGACUCGGACCUCAUCAUUCGCAUCUCGCAGCACCCGAACGUUGUGGGAACCAAGUUUACCUGUGCGAACACGGGCAAGUUGACCCGUGUCGCGCGCGCUUUGCACGCAAUCAAACCAGAGUCGCCGCUUGCGCCAGCCAAAUCCUCUGUGCCUGUUACCAAGACGACUGCCAACCACCCGUAUGUCGCCUUCGGCGGUAUUGCGGACUUCACGCUGCAGACCUUGGUGUCUGGUGGAUCUGCCAUCCUGGCAGGUGGUGCCAAUGUUAUUCCCAAGUUAUGUGUGAAGGUGUUUACCUUGUGGAGCGAGGGAAAGAUCACCGAGGCGAUAGAGGCGCAGAGCUUGCUUAGCCAGGCCGACUGGGUGUUGACCAAGGCUGCCAUCCCCGGGACAAAGAGUGCCAUCCAAUCCUACUACGGAUAUGGCGGGUAUCCUCGCCGGCCAUUGGGGCGGCUUAGUGAUGCGCAGGUCAAGGCUGUUGCAGAUGGGAUCAAAGAAGCUUUGGAGGUCGAGCUUUCCUUGCCUGACGUUGCUUAG